AUGCCUCCACGAAGAGUUGUCAGAGGUCGUCCUACUAGGCGUAACGUUGAGGAGCAAGGGAUACCAAAUACACCUGAAGUGCAACCUCAAGAAGAGGUCACCAAUGUUGAAUUUUGGGAAGCAAUCCGAAUGUUAAGUCAAGUUGUGACCAACCAGAGUGUUGCUAGGACUUGGUUUGAUCACUGGAAGAAGAGUAGGGAUGAGGAUGUACCGAUUUUGAGUUGUGCUGUGUUUGAGGAAGAUUUGUUAGGGCGUUUCUUUCCCCGUGAACUGAGAGAAGCCAAGGUACGGGAAUUUCGUACCCUUAAGCAGGAUUCACUAAGUGUUCAUGAGUAUAGAUUGAAGUUCACCCAACUUUCUCGAUAUGCUUCGGAGAUGGUUGCAGAUAUGAGGAGUAGGAUGAGUUUGUUUGUAGCCGGGCUGUCUCGUCUGUCGAGUAAGGAAGGUAAGGCAACGAUGCUAAUAAGUGACAUGGAUAUAGCAAGGUUGAUAGUUUAUGUGCAGCAGCAAAAGCAAAAGGGGCCUGCUCCAUCAUUUGCUAGUACACCUGCACCCAAAAUCAAAGGUGAGUACAAUGGUCAGAAUUCACAGAACUUCAGAGCUAAACCUGCACAUUCUCAAGGUAAGUGUCGUGAUGGCUCUACUAGUUGUUUCAAGUAUGGUCAAGAAGGUCACUUCAUGAAAGAGUGCCCUAAGAACCGGCAAGGUAAUAAGAAUCAUGGCAAUAGAGGCCAAUCUUCUUCAGUUGCUCCACCAGACAGAGCUGCACCUAGAGAAGCUACUUCAGGUACUAGCAGGGGAGCAAACCGCCUAUAUGCUAUCGCUAGUUGCCAAGAGCAAGAUGAUUCGCCAGAUGUUGUUACUGAAUGA